AUGGCAGAGAUGAUAUACCACCAUGAUGGUGAAUUACUUUUUUUCGAAAAACCAUUAAUAACCGCGGUUUCGGCCGGUGUGAGAAAACCUAAUAAAAGGUCUGACUUUCGCGGUUCAAUUAAACCGCUGACACCAACGCCUUCUCGCACCAUGAUCUACCGCGGUUUUGAUCGAAAAAGUUUUUUCGUGGGUCAUACCCAUCCUCAGUAUUGUAAUUGA